AAGCGUUUAGAGCAUGGCAUGAAGUAUGUGGUUCUUAUAACAUCUGGCCUUUGUAACUGUGCAAGUUCAAUUUAUGUGUGUGAAAACCUGCUAAGACUUGCGACGUUGCAACUUGCAUGGCGUGUAGUGUAAGGAGAGAAGAUCAGAAGAGCAGCCGAGCGCUGGAAUGCAAAAUCGCUUUCCAGUCUGCAGCAGCAGCGAGCAAGACUUUGGCGCGACCUUGGCAAGUUGCAACAGGCAAAACCGAAGGAAAGAAACGUUCAGCGUCCCUUGACAAAGAGCACCCGAAAAACCGACCAAUCGGAUCGCAUCUCGAAUUUUUAACAGCCAAUCGAACCGCUUUGUCCUUGGGCACUCGGUUUCCAGGCGAUUCGUCAUUCGAUUCAUCGCGUCACUUUUCCAUCACUUUUCUCAGAAAGAUUCGAACGUGAGGUCGUAUUCGAAUGGCUACUGCUGAAUCGCUGCGAAUUUUCUAAAGAAAAUUGGCCAAAAAGAAAUUCUCAAAGUUGCACAAACGACUAACCGAUGUUCUCGGUUGACUAAAUGACUAGUUACAAAAUGUCUUUGAGGAUAAACGAAAUGGACCGAAUCAUCAACUUUGAAGUUGACGGUCCAUUUGUCCUUGUUAGAGGUUACAAUGCGCAGAUUGUAACACAAGUCCAGGCUGUCUUGAGGCUACUCAAAGGGAAGCUGGACGGAGGGAACGAUGCAUUGGUGAACGCAGAAAGCCUCUAUCCAGGCAAAGUUCUAGGCUGCAUGUACAACAAUAACUGGUAUCGCUGUCAGGUCCGAGCUUGCACUGAUUUCCCUCGGAAUGGCCAUAUCAGUGUUGAAUUGAUGGACUUUGGUACUGAAGUCAGUCUUCCUCUAAGCCAUUUAAGAGAGCUCACUCCCUUCAACAGUGAUUCUCUUGCCCUGCCAGGCCAGCAUCAGAAAAUAUAUUUGCAAGGUCUGAUCAGCACCACCAGCUGGAACAUGGAAGCAUUGCACCGAGUCAAGGAGUUGAUGAAGAAUAGAAAUUGCGAGUUCCAAGUGCGCAAACUGUUCUCUGUGAAGAAUCGAGUUUUUGCAUCAGUUUACUUGAAUGGCACUAACUUGGCUGAGAUUUUGAUGAAAGAGAGGUGUGGAACAGUGGUUGACAGCUCGCAGCAAAGACUGAAAGCAGAAAGCUACUGGGCUGCUGAAAACAACCAACACUCCAAGGACGUUAUUAGCCCCUCUCCUGAUAUGUCUCCACCAAAUAUAUCCGUGGAUUAUUCAGUGCCCCUCUACCAGGCCUACAGUGACCCUAGCACAGGUUGCCCAAUGCAAGGAUCAAUUGCAAUGAACAUUGUUGCUAACCCUGUAAUGGUACCAGCACCUGCAGCGUAUGUGCCCCGCCAGCAGACAACUGCUGUGCCUCACAAUGGAAAGGAAGACAUUUACUCGCCUGCUUUACUGUCUCCCAACGAAAUUUAUAGUGUUACAAUCUCAUGUAUCGAGAAAGGCCCUGUUGCAUUUUACGUACAGUGCAAAACAAGGGCUGCCAUUCUAAAGGAAAUUGACAGAGGCUUGCGCGAGGCAAAGCUCAAUCCACUGCCUGUAGUUCGUGCUGGCCAGACUUGUGUUUUGAAAAUUGCUGAAAGCUUCUUCAGGGGAAUUAUUACUUCCUGCAAUAUUGAUUGUUCUGCAGUCUUUUUAGUUGAUAUUGGCUCUACCAAGACAGUCAACUAUGAAGACCUGUCCGAGCUGCCAUCACAAUUGCAUGCUCAUAGCCAGCAAGCUUUCAAGUUCUGCCUCUCGGGUCUGCUGACAAACCCAACCCUUAAAGACAACCCUGAAGUGAACCAAAAGUUUGCACAAAUUGCUGGAUCAUCGUCUUCUCUUAUGCUGGCUGUGGUCCCUCCAGAUGGUCCGCCAUUAUCGCAGUACUGCAACCUUAAAGUGGAUGGGAAGAACAUCCUCGAUUUGCUCUUGGAAGAAGCAAACAAACCCCUGGCAUACGAGACUCGCACUCUCUCAUCCAAAACGUCUUAUGAUGUGAUGGUUUCAUUUGUGGACAUUGAAUCAACUUCAAUGCCUUGGGAAUUUUAUGUGCAGUUGCUUUCAGAAUGUGACAGCAUUGAUGCAACUGUAUCUUCCCUAGAGUGUUACUGCUCUUCAGCCAACAUCCCUGAAGCAAGACAUUUGAAGCCAAAUAAUGCAGUGCUGGCGCAGUACCAGUUAGACGGGAAUUGGUACAGAGGCAUCAUCAAAAAGAUUGAAAGUGCAAAAGCAUCAGUCUUCUUCGUGGACUAUGGUAAUACAGAGGAAGUGCCUUUGAGCAAACUGAGAGCAACCAAUAGGACCAUCGUGAGCAACAAACCUGCUCAGGCCAUCAGAUGCAUUAUGGAUGGACUUGGCUCAAACAAGAAAGCAGCUGCCCUGUUCUUGAAAAUGAGUGAAGAUAAGAUCUUCAAUAUGACUGUUAUCUACAGAAUUGACUCUUGCAACGCACUCAAUGUAAGGUUGAUGGAAAAGGGGUGCACGACUGAUCUCAACGACAUCAUCAACUUGGAUCUUCUGCAUAAUACUUUGCAGCCAAAAGUAGUACCGAUGCAGGUUGAAAGUGUGCCUGAAAGUGCUAAAGAACGGCAACAGAUUAAAGUGAAGACAGCAAGCGAAAUCAAUGACGCUGCAAGAGUUUUUGCUGCAGACGAAAAAGUUAAGAAGCAAGCAAGUCAGCCUCUAUUCAUUCCACCUCAUGACAGAAAGAAGAGGAGAGAUUGGGAUGACCCUGGCAGCAACUUCUUAGCUGAUAAAACCAAUCCCAUUCAGCAUGAUGGUCGAACCAGCACUUGGCAGCCCUCGACUAGCCAGCUCAGUCCAGGCAGCAACUAUCAGCAAAAAAACUCAAACUCUUUCAACGAGUCUGAUAGAGUUGGGCUCAAAAGAUUUUCGGAUCAUAACAGAGAUGAUGGAGAAGUUAAGAGAUUUCACAGACCAGAUCAAUCGCCAAAACGAUGGCAGUCUGCCUUUGAAUGUGGUGAUAGCAAGGAUGGCAGGAAUGGAGCGUCCGGCAGUGGCUGGAACCAUAAUAGCAAGCCACAAGAGGGAAGAUACAAUACAAACAGACAAUUUGGUGCAAGGAAUGAUGACAGAGGAAGCAAUGGUGCCCAAAGAAACAACUCUAGAGACAGGCAGAGUCCGAGAGGCAUAAGAAAUUCUUCAGACAAUGUUGAUGGAUGCAACAAAAGUCGCAAAACCUUUGGUGGCUUUGGAGAUCAUGACUCGAGACGGAAUGAUUUUUUUGCAGGAGCCUCCCAGGAGAAAGGGAGGCAAAAUCAAAACUACACCAAGAAGUUUUCAGGAAGCACAAAUGAACAGAAUAGACCAUUCAACUGUGUGACACCUAAAGUAUCAUCAUUGGAAUCGUCUGAAAAUUGGGAGAAUCCUACAUUGGAAACACCGUCUACUUGUCUAAAAGUGGACCCCUUCCCAAUACAAAUUGGGCAAACGCUGCUGUCUGUCCUUGUCUUCACAACUAGCCCCUCAGACUUCUUCAUUCAGCCAACUGAGAAUGCCAUAAAAAUUGAUGAAAUGACGGCAGCUGCAACUUCAGACAUUAGCAAUGAUCUCAAUCACCCAGAGCUCAAUGAAGGCGAUUUUUGCUGGGCCAAGUUUGUUGAUGAUGGUGCCUGGUAUAGAGCUGUUGUCAAGGAAAAAUGUAACCAGAGGUACAAAGUGGCCUUUUUGGAUUACGGUAAUGUCAGUGAAGUUGACAAGAUGGAUGUCAGGACCUUGAAACCAGAGCAAGCAAAAUUGCCUGCACAAAGCAUCCACUGUGCUCUUCGUGGAACCAAAGAUUCCAAUUGGUCUAGUGAAGAGCUUGAAAUUUUUGAGACCUUGCUCUUGGACAAGGAGAUACAGGUUACAAUUGUGGCCAAAAUGAAGGAUAAAUUUAGUGUGACUAUGACGCUUGGUGACGAUUGUGUCAACACUAAGUUUGGUGCUUCACAAGAAUCUCUGCUUCCUCUUGGCUCCCUGCCUUUGGAAAUCAUUCCAGUUAGCACAAGAGUCAACGAUGUGACCUUCUCUUGGUUUACAAACCCAAGCAACUUCUUCUUGCAUCGUACUGGUAGUUGUGAAAACUUGAGAGACAAAAUUGACGUUCCCGAGGAAAGCUUUCCUCGCCUACCUCUUUUCAAGCCAACUGUAGGAUCAUUAGUGCACUUUAAUCUCCAGCAAAAGCUCUAUAGAGGCAAGAUUGUUGCAAUUAAGGACGGCAAGUGCAAAGUACAGCUCAUAGAUCAUGGAUGUAUCAAAAUUGCUCAACUGUCAGAGCUGAACGCUUUGCCAGAAGAAUUUGCUUCAUACCCUGUGCAGGCCAUUUUCUGUGGACUACAUGAUGUACAACCAGCAGAUGGAAAACCUUGGCCUAAAGCAGGAUCAAACAAGGAAUUUGACUGCAUUUUUAGUGAGUGUCGAGAAUUCAACAUCACUGUAAAAAAUAUUCUACCUGAUGGAAAACUGGAAGUUGAGCUGCAUAGAAUGGAUGGAAAUGAUGUUGUGGACCUACUGCGAAAGGGAGGCUUUGUUGCUGACAUAACACCUCAACCAUCUGAAGAUGCUGAGAAGCUCAUUCCUAAAGCCAAAUUGAAGGUGUUUGUCACAUUUUUUGAACACUACAGCAAGUUCUACGUACAAAAAGUGGCUGAUCAGAAGAAAAUUGAGGGCCUUCUUUCAACUCUGCAGAAGGUGGAAAGUGAAGGGUUGGAGCAAGUGGAAAUCAAUCAGCUUAUUCUAGCAAAAAAUGCUGAGGAUGAACUGUGGUACCGUUGCUCAGUGACAUCAUUGGAACCAGAAAUGUGUGGGCUCUUGGUUGAUUACGGAAAUGUUGUUUCCGUGAAAGAGGCCCGAAAACUACCAGAAGAGCUUGGAAAAAUACCUCCCUUUGCAACCUGCUGCUGCAUUCCUCUGUGUCUCUUACCACACUUUCAAACAGAGGCUGAAAAAUUGAUUGAGACUGAACUAUUCCGAGAAGAUGAAGCCCCCCUGGAAAUGGUGAUCGAGGCCCUUGCAAAUGAGUUUCUGGUUGUUGAUUUCAAGCUUGCUGGCAGCACCCUGAUUGAUAAAUUGUUUACCGAGGGCAUGUGCAUUCGCACCCUGUUUGAAGGUUAUGUAUCAAAUAUUCUGUCUUUGGAAGCCAUCGACUGUCAGAAUGCUGAAAACACCGCCAAGCUUGAAGCAAUUGGGGAAGCCCUGACAAAAGCUGAAGAAUUCCCUGUUGCGGAAAAUGUGCAAGUUGGAGACCAGCGUGCAGCCAAGUUUGCUGAUGACGGACUCUGGUACAGAGCAGAUGUGGUUGACAUUGAAGAUGGAAGGAUUGAGGUGAACUUCCGAGACUAUGGAAACUCUGCAGUUGUUACAGAUCUUAGAGUUUUGCCAGAGGAUCUGCAGAAUGUUGAACAACUGUGUCAGCUGGCACGAAUGAUAAAUUUACCUGAAAAUGAAAUGGUCAAAAAGAAAAUUAGGGAACUGCUCUCUGACGAAACCAUGCUAUUUGAAUUCCUCACUUUGAACCCAAGGGAGUACCCGCUAGGGGUAGUUAUUUUCAAAGACGGCAUUGACAUCAGAAAAGUUGCCAGCCCUGGACUGAACAUAAUGGCUGAAGAAUUUGUGCCAAUGAGCUUCACACCACCCAAAGACCUGUGUGACAUCGCAGUGUUUAUGGCUAGCAAAAAUCUUGAUGCACCCAUGGGAAUGGAUACUGAAACGGUGGAAGUAGAGAUGACUGAUGUCAUGGUUGCUGUGGAGCCUCCUAAGGAAAAUGAUGGUGAUAUAAAAACGGACAAAGAAUUGCCUCUCGAGGUUGAGAAAAACCAAUCUGAGGCGCUGCAAGAAAAUUCCGCUGAAGAGAAGCAAAAGCUAGAUGCUGAACAAGGAAUGGUGACUGAUGGAGUGACUGAAAUGGACACUGGAGAAGAGUCUGUCAAGGAGGUCCAGCAGCUUGGCCCUUUUGAAAUGAACAUUAAGGAGCAUUCCCAGGAACAGGAUAUGAAUGACAAAAAAGAUGUUACAUCGACUGAUGGAGUGGCUGAAUUGCAAAUUGUAGUAGAAUCUGAUAAGGAGGUCCAGCAGUUUGGCCCUCCUGAAAUUAGCAUUGAGGAGCAUUCUCAGGAACAGGAUAUGAAUGACAAAAAAGAUGUUACAUCGACUGAUGGAGUGGCUGAAUUGCAAAUUGUAGUAGAAUCUGAUAAGGAGGUCCAGCAGUUUGGCCCUCCUGAAAUUAGCAUUGAGGAGCGUUCCCAGGAACAGGAUCUGAUCUGCGAAAAAGAUGUUGCAUCGCAUGAAGCCGCUUCAAAGGAAAUUGAAACCUCGGAUGUGCAAAGUGAAGCUGUCAAGAGCAGCGAUGAGGAAGAGAAGAAUGUUGCUGGAGAACAGGAGGAAAAACCAAGUGCAACUGAGGAGGUCCUGGAACCAGCAUGCAAAAUCGAGAGUCAAAAUGUAAAGCCGUUGUCAGAAGAGAAAACUGAGUCUGAUGAUAUUCUUAAGGACAGCAAAGAAGUGACUAGUGAUGUUGAAAAAAAUGAUGGUGAAUUGAUGAUGCCCUCUGCUGUUGAGACCCAUGAGCAGCAGGAGGAAGAACAAACCAAAGAACACCUUUCCUGUGAGCCUAAAGUGCAGCCUGAACUGGGAUCCAAUUGUUCAGACAAGGAAAGAGAAGUUGGUGGAGAAGAUGUGCCGGCGGAGAUCUUCGCUGGAGAAGAAACUACUUUCAAAAAUGAUGAAAAUCAGUCCUUCAAGGAAGAAGAGUCAACAUUGAAAAUUGAUCUCGAAGAACCAUCAUUUGAGGUCACUGAGGAAGGUGGAGACGAAACACUGGUUGAGAAAGAAGGAAACAAGACUCAGUGCGAGGAGGAGGAUGCAUUUCAGUCAUGUGUGUCUGAAUUUCAUGUUGAUGAAUUGGAUGAAAGUGAGCUGAGUCAUGAGGCUGAAAAAUUGACUGGACUUGCCAAGAGCAUUGAAGUAGACACUCCAGUUAGUGCCGAGCAAGGAAUUGAUUUGGCUGCUGACGUUUUUGAGAAAUGCAAAGAAGAAAAUAGGAAUGAAGAGGAUCCUACACCUGUGGAGUUUGUCUUUCGAGAGCCACUGACUGUCCUUCCACCCCGUCCCCAAAUUGAUGAAGAAACCUCGAGUGUGCAUGGGUCAGACAUGUCAAUUGAUGACCUUGGUGACUGCCCCACUGUGAUUCUUCACAAUUUUGAGGACCAUCUCGAGGCUCAAGGUGGCAUGGAAGAUAAGGUCAGGCGUAUCCUUAAACGGCCUUUCCCUGUUGACCAGGAGGACCCUGCAGAUGACAACGAUGAGGCUAUUUCUAAGAAACCUAGCUUUGAUGACUGCUCCGAUAUUGGCAACAUAGUAGAAAAAUCCGAUGCUGCAACCAUAGAGAGUGAGGACAAAGAGGUGGACAAAGAAUGAUGUGAAAUUGAAAUAAUUGAUAACCCUUUUUGUCAUUGACUCAAGUCUUAAAAAUGCUCAAAUGUUUCCUUUUUUUCAGUUUUGCCAAUAAAGUAAUAAACAUUGUAAA